CCCCGCGCCCCCGCUGGAUCGCGAACCCCGGAGGAGAUUCGGCGGCCGCGGGUCCGAAGGCCACCGCCCGCCGCCCGCAGGCGUCUCAUCCGGGACAGAGGGGCGGCAUGGAGGCCGAGGACUUCCAGGAGGAGCUGACCUGCGCCAUCUGCUUGGACUAUUUCGCGGACCCAGUGUCCAUCGAGUGCGGCCACAACUUCUGCCGCGGCUGCCUGUGCCGCACUUGGGCGCCGGGCGGCAGCCCCGUCCGCUGCCCCGAGUGUCGGCGGCCGUCGGCGCCCGCCUCGAUGAGGCCCAACUGGGCCCUGGCCCGGCUGACCGAGAGGAUGCGGCGCCGGCGCCUCGGCCCCGUGCCCGCGGGCCUGUGCGGCCGCCACUGGGAGCCGCUGCGGCUUUUCUGCGAGGAUGAUCAGCGGCUCGUGUGCUUGGUGUGCAGGGAGUCGCAGGAGCACCAGGCCCACACCAUGGCCCCAGCCGACGAGGCAUGCAAGAGCUACCGGGAGAAACUUCUGAAGACUCAGUCUAGUCUGACAGCCAAGAUGAAGAAAGUCAUACAUUUUCAGGACAUGGAAGUGAAGAAUGCUGCAGAGUGGAAGGAGAAGAUGAAGAAUCAGCGAAUGAGAGUCAUCGCGGAGUUUGCAAAGCUGCACGUCCUCCUGACUGAAGAAGAGCAAUUGUUUCUUCAGGGACUGAGGCAGGAAGAAGAGGAGACAAAGAAGAGGCAAAGUGAGAACAUAUCUAGGCUCAACCAAAUGAUCACUUCUUUGAAGAAGCUCAUCCUAGAGGUGAAGGAGAAGAGCCAGAGCUCCACCCUGGAGCUGCUCCAGAAUCCAGCAGAGGUGUUGACCAGGUGUGAGAAUCAGGACGUGAGCUAUUCCUCUGAAGACCUCACGGUGAAGACUGUGUGCCGGCUUCCGAUGAUGAAGGAGAUGCUGAAGCGAUUCCAAGUGGCUGUAACUCUGGCUGAGGACACCGCUCAUUCCAAACUUGUCUUCUCCCAGGAAGGGAGAUACGUGAAAAACGGGGCAUCAGCCAGUUCUUGGCCACUGUUUUUCACAGCAUGGAGCUACGCCACCGGAUGGAGGAAUCCGCAGAGGACCACAGGCUUUGUGGAGCGAUUUCAGCACUUACCCUGCGUUUUGGGGAAAAAUGUUUUCACUUCAGGGAGACAUUACUGGGAAGUUGAGAACCGAGGCAGCCUGGAGGUGGCGGCGGGGGUGUGUCGGGAGGACAUCAUGGGGACCCCUGGUGGCUCCACAAUGUGCCCCAAGGCGGGAAUCUGGGCUGUUUGCUGGAGUUCUGCUGGCUGUCGGCCCCUGUCAGGCACCUCCGUGAGUCCUAGCAAGCGAGAGCCAGCUCUCCAGCGGGUGGGAGUUUUCCUGGAUCACGGGGCUGGGGAGGUCUCUUUCUACAACGCCGUGGACGGGGAGCACCUGCACACGUUCCCCUGCUCUUCCAGCUCGCGCCUCCGGCCGUUUUUCUGGUUGAGUCCAUUAGCAUCUGUAGUCAUCCCCCCAGUGACUGGUGGGAAAUGAGGUGAUUCUCUUUGCCUUGUACCCCAGGCUGGGGACAGUCAUUGCUUGGCCCUCAUCUUUGACUUCACGCGUUUCCAUCCUGGGUGGUUCAUUCAGAUGCCAACCUCAUGUUCUCUUCAGCCCCCUGCAUGUCCUGUGUGUAGGCAGAUGUGGAAGACCCCGUGGGGUACCUUUCCGGUAGCCACUUUGAGCACUUUUCCCUCCCUCUCUUCUGCUUCUUCCUAAUUGAACUGUUGGGGAUGUGCACUCCACGUGCUCCAGGAGAGGCAGGCCCAUGGGAGGGGAUCCUGGCUAGUGAGGUCGGGUGAGAAAUCCUCCAGGGUGCUUCUGGGGAAAGUUCUUUAGCUUUUAGAAAGAGAUGUUUGGGAAGACAUAGCUCAUCCGGCAUCAGCAGCUGUACUGCAGUGAGAGGAGCAUGGUAACCGUGGACGCGGAAGGAGAAAUGUGGUCUUUGUUGGCUUCAUGAAGCAGCUGGAAUCUCCCGAAUCCUAAAUUUCUUGUUCUAUGGGACUGUUGCUCCUUGUGUGAGGCAGUUUCAGUUGCAUUUUGGUCAUUUGCAGGCUGACGUGUCCUAACCGGUGCUUACAUAGCGCGGAUAUCCCACAGUGUAGGUUUAUCUCACUUUUUUGCCAAAAUUUGAUAGAUUUAUAGACUCUCUUUCUGUUCAGUCAUGUACUUCCUUUUGUUUCCAGUAAGUACCAGUAUCUCUCCUUCUCCUGGAUUGGAAAACUGAGGCAGCUUGCCCCUCCUCUGCCUGGGCUGUGUCUUCACCCGGCCACGUCUCUGCCUCUGAGCGUUCACUGUGCUUUCCCUUCGUCAGAUUCGUAUACUGUGUGCACAAGGUUGUUAACAUCAUCUGGCAAAUGUUGGGAAACACUUGUUAAGUAUUUGUGCUGGGCUAACCCCACUCCAGUACUCUUGCCUGGAAAAUCCCAUGGACAGAGGGGCCUGGUGGGCUGCAGUCCAUGGGGUCACGACUGAGCCACUUCACUUUCACUUUCAUGCAUGGAGAAGGAAAUGGCAACCCACUCCAGUGUUCUUGCCUGGAGAAUCCCAGGGACGGCGGAGCCUGGUGGGCUGUCUUCUACAGGGUUGCACAGAGUGGGACACGACUGAAGCGACUUAGCAGCAGCAGCAGCAGCAGCAGCCUUUUCAUGUAAUGCCCCCAUGUGACUUUCACAGCAGAGAUGGAAAAUUAAAAGUACUGCUAAUAACCACCGCUAUUAACCAUUUUAAUGUGUUUCCUUCUCGACUUUGAAUAGGUGUUCUGGCAGUAAUUUAACACAGCCUCUUAACAAAACUUCCAGCCCCCUCCUAACCCCUCUCCCCUCCUAUGUCCCAGCCCACCCUGGCUUGUCUCCCUUUUCAGCCUGAGCAGUCCCCCUCAUUCAGUGAUCUCUGCUGAGUUCUCCUUAACUCUCCAAGACACUUGCUCUUAUGAGUUGAUUUCUGUCCUCCAAAGAAAAGGAUAUGUUGAAGUCCUAGCUGUGAGUGUGACCUUAUUUGGAAAUUAAGAUGAGGCCAUUAGCGUGAUGGCCUGAAUGGGAAGGAAAUCCAAAAAAAGAGGGGACAUACAUAUACAUAUAGCUGGUUCCCUUUGUUGUACAGCAGAAACUUAACAGUGUAAAGCAAUUAUACUCCAAUAAAAAUUAAUUAAAAAGAUGAGGCCGUUAGGGUGGGUCCUAAUCCAAUAUGAUUGAUAUCCUUAGAGGGAAUCUCGUAAACACAGACACUCGCACAUGGAACUGCCACGGGACACAGAGGGAAGAUGGCCGUGGAAGAGGCUGGAGUCAUGCUGUCCCAAGGCAGGGAAAGCCUAGGGCUGCCAGAAGCUGGAAAAGGCGAAGAAUCCUUGCCUUGAAGCUUCUGAGGGAGCUUGGCCCUGCCAACACCUUGAUCUCAGACUUUCAGCCUCCAGAAUUGUAAGACAGUAAACACAGUUCUUCGCCAGGGAAACUGUAGCUCUGGGAGCAGCAGUGAAGCCUCCCCAGAAGACAGUUUGGCAACCACUGUUUAUCCUGUGCUUUCUCAAAGUGAUUUCUUUUUUUCUGGCUGUGCUCUCAGCUUGUGGGAUCUUAGUUCCCCCACCAGGGAUUGAACCCAGGCCCUUGGCAGUGAGAGGAUGGAGUCUUAACCACUGGACUGCCAGGGAACUCCCUCGAGGUGCUGUUGACCAUCUCCGAUGCUAACCGAGCCUUUUCCCCUGCCCCCCAGAAUCGGUGGGUACAUGCACUGGUGCUGUAAGCUGCCCACUCGGUGGGGCCCUGGAUAAAGUUCUGCCAAAGCCUUUUCCUCCGGAGGCCAGCCUUUGUUGCGGAAAGCACUGCGCACAGAUCUCCUGGGAUUUCUGC